CUCACGCACGCGCGCACACACACACACACACACACACACACACACACACACACACACACACACUCCUUCUCUUUCACUCUCUCUCAUUAGCUUGCACAGGGAGAGGGGCUUCAUGCCCGCUCCACCGCUGGCUUGCUGUAGCCAUGCUGCCCUGGAGAAGGAGCAAGUUUGUGCUGGUGAAGGACGAGGAGAAGAGCAAGCCCAAGAGCCUGGGCGCCGGACUGACCUACCACUCGCUUCUGUCCUCGCUGCUGCACUCCUGCCCUGACCUGCGACCCGACUGCCCCUUCCACUGGCUGGCCAGCGUCUUCCAGAGCAAGCGGCAGAAGGUGGAGCUCAACCGCGAGGAGCCGGCGUACAGCGUCCGCUACCUGGGCAGCGCCGUCACCAUCCUGGCCAAGGGCGAGGGCUGCGUGCAGGAGGCCGUGGCCAAGAUCUGGCAGCACAGCAACUACGGCGAGCAGAGCCUCAAGCUGAAGCUGAGCGUGGGGCCGCACGGCAUCCGCAUGGGCGCAGACGCCAGCGGCCGCAAGAAGCCCAGCCACCUGUUCUCGCUCAGCCGCAUCACCUACUGCGCGGCCGAGGCCUACCGGCCCAAGAUCUUCGCCUGGAUCUACCGGCACCAGGUGAAGAACAAGGCGGUGGUGCUGCGCUGCCACGCCGUGCUGCUGCCCAAGGCGGACAAGACCCGCGCGCUGGCCCUCAGCCUGCUCCAGAACGCCUCGUCCUCCUUCAGCGAGUUCAAGCGGCUCAAGAGGCAGAGCGACUUCCGCCACUGCCGCCAGCAGCUUUUGGGCGAGGGCAUGGUGCCCGUGGCGCCACGGCGCCGGCUGCUCAACGGCCAGUGCCACUACCAGCCGCCCGCAGACAAGCCCAGCAGCGCCACGCGCCUCUGCUCCAUCACCGAGGAGGAGGAAGAGGAGGACGAGGACAGUGAGCAGGAAGGAGAGGAUGGAGAGGAGGAGGAGGUGGAGGAUGAUGAAGGGAAAGAUGUGGUGAAGGAGACAGGGAAAAAGGUGACUGACAGAGGGUCAGCGCAGCUGUCUGAGAGGGACGUGCGGAAAAUCGUUAGCGGACUGGGCGAGUGCACCAUCAGCUGCUCGGAGGACGGCCAGAUCACCAUCAGCACACUCCUGUGACCGGCGGCGAGAGAGCGGACCGGAUGACCUCGCUCCUGCUCCACUCGUCCACAGGAGCCGCGUUGAAAAGGACAAAACACACACACACACAUUCCCUUCCUCCUCGGAUCUCCGCUGGUUCCACGACUUCACUGUGUGUUGGGAUACAGAGUGUGAGGAAACCAUAAAACGGAGCUGAAAAGUGACCUGGGCUGCUUCACGCCUGUCGCCUGCUGUCUGAGGCGUAGGAUUUUGAGGAAAGAGUUCAAGUCGGGCAUGACAUAUAGCACAAUAACAGAGGAUAAGGAGAGAGUCACUAUGAGACGACAGGGCACCCUAUAUCCCUCUGAGCCAAGCUACCACUGCACAUGAACUGAAGAAGAACAAAAGCUUUGUUCCACUGUGGUGUUUGUAUUUUUAUGGUAGAGUGAGUAUUUAAGAUAAGCUCUAAUUUUUGAUAGAUUGGCAACAUUUUUGAUGAGGAAAAUUUGUACAAAACAGAAAGAUGUACAUUUUAUUUUCUGAUGUAUUACACAAGCCCUCUGUAAUUUUCCACAGCUGACCUUUCUGUGUGCACUCUGGUCUUUUAAGAGGCAUUUAAUAUGCUUUUACAGUUACCGUGAAAUGAACUAAUGAAUUAUACCAUAAUUUAGGAAAUGAGCCAUUGAGUCGACAUAUUUAUUGCCAUCAUUUCUUAAAGGGGAGCUCACCUCCCAUGCAUGACAGCUGAAGACAUCACCACUGACAUUUAUGAGAACUUUAAUAUCAUAAAUGUAUGAUAUCCCUGUGCUACAUCCAAGAUUGACACCAUGGUUACUGUACAGUACAGGGGUGCACAUUUUUCUACUUCUGUCUGAAGGUUGAAAAGCUUUGCAUUGUUUUGACAAAAUAUCUGUAAAUAUCUAUACAUGCAUACUCUAUCUAAAAGGCUAAAAGGUUACAUUUGAAGAACAUGUUAACUGUUAUCACAGCCUGUAUUUCAAGUCUUAUUGUGACACUGACCGUUUCAUUCUUUGGACAUGGCCAUGUAAUAAACUGUCCUCACUUGCUUUUC